AUGGAGAACAACACAGAAGUGGGUGAAUUCAUCCUGCUGGGAUUAACCAAUGACCCAGAGCUGCAGAUCCUCCUAUUUAUCAUGUUCACCCUCAUUUACCUCAUAACUCUGGUUGGAAACAUGGGGAUGAUUGUUUUGAUUCUCUUGGACUGUCAUCUCCACACUCCCAUGUACUUUUUCCUCAGUAACCUGUCUCUAGUGGAUUUUUGUUACUCUACAGCUGUCACUCCCAAAGUUAUGGCUGGGCUCCUUAUGGAAGACAAGGUCAUCUCCUACAAUGCAUGUGCUGCCCAGAUGUUCUUUUUUGUAGCCUUGGCCACUGUGGAAAAUUUCCUUUUGGCAUCAAUGGCCUAUGACCGCUACACAGCAGUGUGCAAACCCCUCCAUUACACCACCAUAAUGACAACAGGUGUGUGUGCAUGUCUGGCCAUAGGCUCCUUCAUCUAUGGUUUCCUGAAUGCCUCCAUUCACAUUUGGGACACGUUCAGUCUCUCGUUCUGCAUGUCCAAUCUGGUCCAUCACUUUUUCUGUGAUGUCCCAGCUGUCAUGGCUCUGUCUUGCUCUGACAGACAUGUCAGUGAGCUCGUUCUUAUUGUGGUAGCAAGCUUCAACAUCUUUUUUGCUGUCUUCAUUAUCUUGAUUUCCUACCUGCUGAUAUUUAUCACCAUCCUGAAGAUGCGUUCAGCUGAGGGAUAUCAGAAGGCUUUAUCCACCUGUGCUUCCCACCUCACCACAGUCUCCAUCUUCUAUGGGACAGCCAUCUUCAUGUACUCCCAGCCCAGCUCCAGGCAUUCCAUGGACUCAGACAAAAUUGCAUCCGUGUUCUACACUAUGGUCAUUCCCAUUCUGAACCCCCUGGUUUAUAGUUUAAGAAACAAGGAAGUUAAAAAUGCAUUUAAGAAGGUGGUUGAGAAGACAAGACUGUCUCUAGACUUUGCCUCUUAA